AUGGCUUCAUCCUUGCAGAAACCGAUGGGCCAGGCAGGAUCUGCGGCGCCAGGCCAAGCCGUCGAUGAUGCCGACAUCGUGCAGGAAAUGUACAGGCUUCUUGGCAACCUCACCCGCAGCUUUGUUCCCGCCACCCGCAAGAAGCGAGAAGAAACAAAAGAGGAACGGAGAGCACGCAAGGAGCUCAAAGAUGCGCUCGACGACAUGGGCUACGACAUCAUUGAGCUCAAGGCCGAGUCCGCAACCUCCGCUCGCCGGCCCGACCAAAGCAUGGUUGUCGACUCGAUAAGACGCAAGGUUACAAGGCUGUCUGUAGACGGAGGCUACGAGUCUGCCAACCGCUUCGCCAACAUUCUCACAAGGCUCUCUGAUCCGCAAGGCUCAAAUCAGUUGCGGAACUUGCAUGGCAUGUUCGAACUGUUCGACGCGCUGGCCUUCACCGCGAGCGAUGCUGGUGCGGCUGCAACCCCCGCCUCGCGUGCAGUAUCCUCGAAUGCCAGCAGACGAGACGUGGAUCCGAGAGCAACGCCGUACACGAUCGCCGAUACACCCGCAACCAGUGCACCCACCACGGCACCCACCACUGCAGCGGGGCGACACGUUGAGCAACCGCACGCGAGCAGCCGGGCAGCAUCCACUCGUUCUCGCCCGGGCGCCGCCGAAACCUUACCAGCGAAGUCGUCUCAAGCGAUACCCGAGACGCGCUUGACAGGUAGUGCGCCCGCAGAUUCAAAGCAGCUCAUAACAAUUGCUGAUGUGCGAGACAACAACAAACCCAUACCUAAAGCGCAGCUGCUGCAGAAUCUAAGGCAGAAGCUAGGCAAAAAUCAGAUUUCCGAAGACGAGCUGUUGCAGGAUGUCGUCUACCUGAUGCAAGGCAUCAACGGUCGGCAUGUGCGAUUCCAAGAGGAGUACCAAUACGACACACCAGAAGUAGCUCAAGAAGAAGCAGCAGGACCAGCCAAGGUGGUCAGAGUGGUCUUCAAUGAAGGAGAGGCAGGGCUUAUCAAUGCUCCAACCAAGAGGAUCAUUCACCGACUUUCUGAGCUCGGCCAGCUCUACAAGCGAGUCUCAGAAUUCUCUCAACAGAGGAGCACGAUGCCGGCCUCGGGUCUUAUCAUGCAGAGCCUCUGUCAUUUCAUGUCCAAUGAAUUAUCUGGCUUCUACCGCCUCGUAGCCAGUCUCGAAGCGCAGAUGAGUUCCUUGGCGAAGAUCGGUAGAGGUGAUUUGGGCGGACGGGCGGCCCCUGCAGCUGAAUCGGAUGAAAGUGCUAAUGGUGCAGCGACAACGUACGUCACGCUCAAGCGACUCUCGCUGUGGACCGAGGAGAUGACCUUGCGCUUCCGGCUCAUGAGCACCAUCAUCGAAAGCUGCCAAGAUGCACACGGAGGCUCACUUGUUUCGCUGAUUCAUUCCUACACGUUCAAUGGCGAUCCUUUCAUCCGAAGAUUCACAUCUGGUCUCCUAGACGAGGUGUCGAAGCCGUUCUUUCAUUCGCUUUCGUUGUGGAUCUACGAAGGCGAGCUGCAGGAUCCCUUUCUGGAGUUCUUUGUCGAGCUCAAUGACGAUCCGCGCAAAGUUAGCAACGGCCGUGCCAACACGAGCGGUGCAGAUGGAGACAUGCCAAGCUUCUCUGAUCUGGACGGUGACGCCGCUUCUCUAUGGCAGAACAAGUUUGUCUUCCGCAAGGAGAUGUUGCCGAGCUUCCUGCAAGAAUCGUUUGGACGCAAGAUCUUCUCGACGGGAAAGAGUCUCAACUUCAUCCGACAGAGCUGCGGUGACGGCGACUGGGUAGCCACACGGCAUACUAUCUCGGGACCGGGUGCGGAGCUACGUUACACAGACUUGGCCGGCCUGGAAAGCACCAUCGAACGAGCAUUCACAAGCGCCAGCAAGAGAUUGCUAGACAUCUUCCUCGACGAAUUCAGACUACUGGAGCAUCUUCGAGCUCUCAAAGACUAUCUCAUGCUGGCACGUGGUGACUUUGUGGACCUUCUCAUGGCAUCUUUGGGACCAAGUCUGAGCCGACCGGCUAACUCGCUCUUCCGUCACAACCUGACUGCAUCGCUCGAAACGGCGAUCCGCGGAUCGAACGCGCAGCAUGAUGACCCGGAAAUCCUUCGAAGGCUAGAUGCACGCAUUCUCGAGUUCAGUACGGGCGACACAGGUUGGGACACAUUCACGCUCGAGUACAAGCUCGACUCUCCGGUCAAUACUGUGCUGGACAACCAAGCCAUGGUUGGAUACCAAACGAUCUUCACGCAUCUGUGGAAGAUCAAGCGGGUGGAGCUCGCGCUAAACUCGAGCUGGCUCCGAUUGCAUGAGACGGGAACUUCGCUGUGCAGGGUCAAACGAGGAACAGCGAGUGGGGUGCUGCCUGAACUGCGUCGCGAGUCGCAGAGAACCAUGCUGAUGCUUUCCGAGAUGAUCCAUUUCAUCCGACAGAUGCAAGGUUUCGCUCAGCUCGAGGUGAUCGAGUACUCUUGGAAUGACUUGCUCACCUUCUUCUCGAGACGCCAAGGCGACUUGGACGAAUUGAUUGAGAGUCACCGAGCGUAUCUGAACGCACUGAUCGGCAAGGUUUUGUUGCGCGGUGGUAAGAGAGGAUCACAGGACUACCUGGCGGGCGAGCUGAGGACGCAAUUCGACUCGAUUCUUGCGUUCACUGUUGCUGCAGACGACUUGACGCACUUCAGCACACGUGAGCUGGCGCGUUACGACAUGGAGCGAGGCGUUGUGACGACGCCUACGGAGCGGGGAGCGCGGUCACAACCAGUGUCAACGAGUGGAGCACCAGCUUCAUCAGCAUCGCUCGCGCCUAGUGAUCCAUCUGAGCUAGCACGGAUCGUGAAGCGGCUGGGAGAAGCAUCGAGCGCGUUCCAAGAGAGAAUGGUGUUGAUCGUCGGUGCGCUGGAGAAGCAUGCCAACCUGACGGUGCGCGAUCUUGCGGUCCGCUUGAACUUUAACGGACGAUACGAAGUGACAUCGCAUCGCUCUAGCAGCGCCGCGAACGCGUCAACAGCAAUGUCGAGCAGUGCUGUCAAAGAUAAGAAGAAGGAAGGACCAGCAAACAUAGUUGCAGCAGCGUCUUGA